AUGGCCAAGUUUGUAGUCACGUCUCCUACCAACAUGGCGUACAUGCGCUUAGGGUUGCGUGGUGUCCAGUUUGUCUGCAGUCUAUUGGCUCUCGCCUUUGCUGCUGCGGGCUUUUACGGAGGGGGAGCCACCCAUUCGAGCACGUUUGUGCUCCUCAUGGGGUACACUGGCAUGCUCUAUACCCUCUGGUACGUCGUGGCCGUGGAGGUGUUCCACCUCGUCUCGCGUCCCGCUCUUCGUGUCGAGCAGGCCAUGGACGCCUUGCUCGUGCUUUUGCUCCUGAUUGCCGGCAUCUGUUUAGCCGCGUCGGACUAUACGAGCAAUUGCGGGGUUGGCUGGCACUGCAACAACCUCAAAGCCGCGACGGUCUUUGCCUUUAUCGCCAUGUUCUUCUUCCUCCUGUCCCUUGCACUGACGCUCCUGAGUCCGAGUGAGCCGUCUCAUGGACUGACGGACGUGCAAGUGGAAGACCCCGUGCCGUACCACCAACACGCGACCCCGACGUCGGGCACGCUGUCGCCUCUUGGUGUUCCACACGAGGGAUUUACAUCAUCGAGGGUCUAA